AUGGUUUUCAGCGACACUGCCCUGGUCAGAAUGCAGAAACAGAUGAGGAGAAAAACACUCUGUACCAAAGACUCCAAAGGGGUUUGGAUGAGAAACAAAGAUCCGUCUCCUCAAGGCAAGAAAACGGAGGAGCAGCAAAGCAGGAAAGAGAUGGAGCACAAGGACAGGAAGGACCAGGAUAAGGAGGGGGAGGAGCCGCAGGUGAAGCUCACCGCCUUCGAGAAGGUGACCUCUGACAUGGUGCACAACGAGAAGGUGGUGGAGGAGAUCACGCUGGGCCGGCGAAUGGGAUUCUAUCAGGUCCGUGGAGAAAUCGGCUCCGGAAACUUCUCUCAGGUCAAACUGGGAAUUCACGUGCUGACAAAGGAAAAGGUUGCCAUCAAGAUCUUGGACAAGUUCCGUCUGGAUAAGAAGUCCCAGAGUCUGUUUGACUCCGAGAUCGCCUGCAUGGAGCAGCUCUCCCACCCCAACAUCAUCCGGCUGUAUGAGGUGCUGGAGACUGUGAACCGGCUGCACCUUGUCAUGGAGUACGCGGGCGGCGGGGAGCUCUUCACCAGGAUCAGCACCAGGGGGAGCCUGUCUGAUCUGGAGAGCAAGCUGGUCUUUUCACAAGUCAUCUCCGCAGUCAAGCACAUGCAUCACAUCAAUGUGAUCCACAGGGACCUAAAAGCAGAGAACAUUUUCUACACUGCGAGCUACUGCGUCAAGGUGGGAGAUUUUGGCUUCAGCACGACUUGUGGCCCUAACGACCUGCUCAACACCUUCUGCGGCUCCCCCCCUUAUGCGGCCCCUGAACUCUUCCGGGAAAAGGGCUACUUAGGGAGGUACGUGGACAUCUGGGCACUCGGCAUAGUCCUCUACUUCAUGGUCACUGCCACCAUGCCUUUCUAUGCAGACAACCUGGGAAGGCUGAAGCAUUGCAUCCUGCAAGGCUCCUACACCAUCCCGGCCCACGUCCCAGAGCAGUGCCAGCAGGUGAUCAAAGGCAUCCUGCGCCCCAUACCGGUGGACCGCUCCUCCAUCGCUCAGGUGAUGUCCAGCCCCUGGCUCAAGGGGAUCGAGUUCCCCCAGCCAUACCAACCCUUCCUUCUCACCCCUGCUCAUCUAGCAGACUGCGUGCCCAAGCAAAUGGAGGAGCAGGAGGUGAAGAACGCCCUGCUGAAUCUGGGGAUCACAGACGCUCACAUCCAGAAGAACGGCUUCAGAGACUCCCGGAGCUCCAUCACCGGCAUCUACCGCAUCCUGCUGUACCGCGUGCAGAAGAGGAGGGUCGUGAAGGCGGUGGGCUUCAUGACGGAGUGUCCCGACUUCCGAUCAAGGAAAGGCUGGAGCAAGAACCUGGCCGCGGACAAGCUGACUGCAUCCACUGUCUGCGUGAUUCUGUGAAUGCGCGUUACAGCAUGUUUGGUUUGGUUUUGUUUAGUUGCCAAUACUGUAAAUAGAUAGCCGGCUAAAAUAGCAAUGAUUCUUUACUGAGUGAUCAAUAGAAAACAACUAAAAGUGUAGUCUUGCUGGUUUGUGUUUUUCUCCAUAUUUAU